AAUAGAGCCUACCUCUUAAAACCCGCUGUCAAACCCCUGGCAUGUUUCUGGACGAAGAUCACUGAUUUUUAACCUACCACCUACCUAUCUGAUACAUCCAUCGCAUGCAAAGAGUCUGCUAGGUCGACUAGGUAGAGUAGAACGAUCUUGUCCAUCAAAAGAAACAAAAUUCACCUAUCGCCAUCCAACAUCUCGCCGUCUUGGCAGUCGAGAAAUGUCGAUCUUAGCAUUGGGACACGAUUGAUCUUGGCAUUCAUUCUUGGCAAACGGACGGAAGAAACGGCAUCAUGUUGCAUCGUUAAGAUAAAAAUAGGGGCCUUCUUCCAAUUCAAAAUGUUUGAUGUUUCCCUCCCUCCUGUCCCUGCUGUCCCUGCUGUCCCUGCUGUCCCUGCUGUCCGCGUCCGCUCCUAAAACCUGUCUGAGCGUAUCUCCGCCAUCAACCUUUUUAAUACCGUAUGCACGAUGGGCUUUGGUUGUCUUCGUGUGUGAUAUCGCGAUAGAUUUUAUUCCCUCGCUCAUUCCUCCUCAUAUUCAUUCCUUCAUUUGGCUAAUAAUCUUCUUUUUUGGGUUUCCAUCUUACUGUUCUUCCUCUCCCUUUUUUUAGACAUUUCGAGACGGAAGCUUACGCGUACAAUACGACCGUGCUAAUCGUAUUGUGGGGUAGAGUUGCGAUUGGAUUAAUUUUGGACGAUUGAUCUAUCGCGCGCCGCGCAACACUCACGCAAAAAGACCACCGAGAAACUGAACUAUGGACAAGUUUCCUCGACAACUGACUUCGAGCCCAUACAUUUCGAUGCUCUUAGCACGAAGGCGCUCGCUCAUAUUAUUGGGCUUGCCUUUAUUUCUUAUAGUUCUGCUAUUCUCUGGUACCGUCAAUGUCGACAAUGAAUGGGGUCAUAGACUGGAUAGUUUGGGCGACAACUUCAAGGCCGGUGUCAGCUACGUAACUGGCAAUGGCACUGUUCAAGUUUCUUAUCCUUCAACCGACGCUGCUACCAAUUCUUCAUCGUUAAGCUCCGUCUCCUUCCCCAGCGAACUGUCUAGCGGCGCCACCACUUCUACUGUUAGGACGAAGCCGUAUGCUCGACCGGGCUACGAGCUGCCACUCGCUAAUGGAAUUCCACUCCGGAUCAUGGCGCUUGGCGCAUCGACUACCCGUGGUGACAGUCCCGAAGAAGGCAUCGACAACAAUGGUUUUCGCCGUCCUCUCCGCGAAAGGUUGACCGCUAUCGGCAACAAAGUCAAUUUUGUCGGCACGCAGCGCCUCGGAAACAUGACGGACAAUGAUAUCGAAGCCUACCCGGGCGUGGUCACCGCGACCAUUCACGGAAACGCCCGAAAGGCUGUUCCCAAGUCAAAGCCUAAUCUCUUUCUCAUCAAUGCUGGCUCCAACGACUGCUUCCAGCAUGUCGAUAUUGACAACUUCUACAAGCGAUACGAUGCCCUAGUCCGAUAUCUCCUGGAGGCUUCGCCAAGGUCCACCAUUAUUAUGGGUACUAUUUUACCUACUUGGGAUACUCGAUUCAACGGUCGCGAAGACGUGUGGAGGGUUAAUCCACAGAUCCGGAGGCUGGCGAAAAUAUACAAACACCAGGAGUUGCCGGUGGUGCUUGCUGAUAUGCAAGGUCCAGACGGAAUUCAAGAUGGAAAUUUAGCUUCGGAUGGUAUGCACCCAGGCACCGCCGGCUACGAAAUGAUGGCCACCAAGAUGUACGAGGCUAUUGUCGAGGCUGAUGCCAGGGGGUUCCUACAACCCCCCGAACCGGUUCAGGGAAUACUCGACGACGGCGAUGACGAGCGCAAGGAUGAAGAGUAUAUGAAAUGGUUAGAGGAGAAGCGGGCAUUGGAUAACGCAACGGCAAUUGCUGAACAGAAAGAGAUCGAUAGGAUGUUGGCCGAACUAGCGAAGAUGAAGCAAGAGAACGCGGACGGCAAGCAGGAAAGGCGUCAAAAGGAUACUAGAUUAAGGCGGCAUCCUAAAAUGCUCUUCUAAUUAGCGGGACAAGCGGGUUCUUUGUCUUGGAAAACUGGGCAUUUUGGCAUUUACAAUGGUGUAGCCCACAUGAGAUCACGGCCUCCCAACUGUUAUUAUUAUACACCGAUACUAUGUAGACUACUGACCUAGGUAUAUACCUAAUAACUCUGCCCGAGAGGGUGCAAAACUCCGAAUC